UCGCUGUCUAGGCCGCGAUCGAUCCGUGCAGUGCUGGUGGUUUGCCGUUGCUGCUGAACGAGGGAAGGGUGGUUCCAGCUACUCUGGUUCCUUCUGUGGUUAGGUUCACAUUGGAGCUGAUAUUCUAGCAGACUUCAGCUAUGCAGACGAUUAAGUGUGUAGUCGUGGGUGAUGGUGCUGUUGGUAAAACAUGUCUCUUAAUUUCUUACACAACAAAUAAAUUCCCAUCGGAAUAUGUACCAACGGUGUUUGAUAACUAUGCUGUAACAGUGAUGAUUGGAGGAGAGCCUUACACCCUAGGCCUCUUUGAUACUGCAGGUCAGGAAGACUACGAUAGAUUACGACCCCUCAGCUAUCCGCAGACAGAUGUGUUUCUGGUCUGUUUUUCAGUGGUCUCUCCUUCUUCGUUUGAAAAUGUGAAAGAAAAGUGGGUACCUGAAAUUACUCACCAUUGUCCAAAGACUCCUUUUCUGCUUGUUGGGACCCAAAUUGAUCUAAGAGAUGAUCCUUCGACAAUUGAGAAACUUGCCAAGAACAAGCAGAAGCCCAUAACUCCAGAGACGGCUGAAAAACUGGCCCGGGACCUGAAGGCUGUCAAAUAUGUGGAGUGCUCUGCACUUACACAGAAAGGCCUAAAGAAUGUAUUUGACGAAGCGAUAUUGGCUGCCCUGGAGCCUCCGGAGCCGAAGAAGACUCGCAGGUGUGUGCUGCUAUGAACGUCCCUCCACAGCCCUUUCUGCAAAGCUGGUGUUUGAUGUCAUACUAAAAGCAAUGUUUAAAUCAAACUAAAGAUAAAAAUUUUAAAGUUUGUUUUUGCAAUAAUGACGAAUGCCCUGCACUCCCAUCUCCCCCCACACGAUCCAUGUGUGAGAUGAGAAUGUUAGUGUUUAUUCCCCAGUGCCCCUUCAAUUCAGUUUGAGACUGGUUAAUUUUUGAAUAAUUAUGUAUUAUCAGAAAACACUGAUCAGUACUAGGUUUUUAUUUUGUUUGUUUACUGUUUCUAAUUCUUGUUUAAAAUCCAGGCAUGCUUGUGAUGAACUUUUCUGUAACAGACUAAUUCUUGGCUGUUUUACUCGAGUGUUGAAGCCUCGCCCCUUAUGCCGGUCUGGCAAGACUUGGUUCUGGUUUCAAGAACUUUUGGGGCUGUUCUGCAGACAGCCGGCAGCCUGGGUGCGAGCAUGCUCUAGUACUAAAGACAAGUUCAGGAAACUAAGAUGUCCCAACCUGGUGCUCCUCUAAGGAUGAGUGCAGAAGAAGUAUCUGCAUCUCCUCUGAAGUUGCCUUGUGUCUCUUCCCCUGGCUUUCCACUGUGCAGGUGAUAAAUUUCUACCUGUUCCUCUAAGUUACGAAGUUUUAAGAACAGGAAAAUCCUGUUCUCCAGAUGCACCAUCAGUCUUGAAACUAGCUUGCCAGUCUUUUCCUUAACUGUGACAUUGUAAGCUUUUUGUCACAUUAUGAAGAAAUAACUGCACCUUUUUAAGCAUGCCCAACUGAUUCGGUUGGCUUUUAACAGAUCCGUCUUCUGCCAGCCCUUAAUUGUUAGGGAAAUGCUUACAGUUACUAGUGUAUACGCUGUCGUUCGAACACUUUGAAAGGACCUGGUGUAUAUUAAAGUGAGUUUUGGAGCUGUGGCUGUGGUGCAUCUCUUACUGGAUGCUCAGGCGUCCUUCAAGGAGGGGUGGAAAGAUAGACCUGUGUCAGUGGAAGGGAACUGUAGGGAGAGAUUUCUAGUGUUUAAUGUGGCACCAUAUAGGGACCAGUUAAAAGAAUCCCCCUUUUUUUGCAUUAUGCUUGCAAGUAACCUUGGAAAACUGUAAGGUGGGCUCCAGCCCAAUCAGAAUUGUUUGCAAGGUUUUUGCUUAGACUGCAGUGUUCAUAGGGAUUUUACCAAAACUAUAUUUUGGCUUGCAAAUUCAAAUUUUUUAAGACUUGGUGAAUCUUCUCCAUUUUCCUAAAUUUCUAAUUCUUGUAGAUUCAUUAGUGUUGAACCAGUGCUUUUCACGUCGAAGUUCUUUGUAUAUGCAUUCUUUUCAGAUGUAUUAAACAUAAAAUAUCUUCACAAGCCUGCCUGAGGGUAGUUAUUUCCCUCGCCUUGAGUUUGAAGGACUUGUCAGUACGGCUCUUCUACCUUAUGAGCCCCCCCUCUCCUCCUUGCAAGUCGUUUUUGGUCUCUUCUUAAUCCCUAAUCCCAUCGCUUCUUGUCUUCCCUCAUCUCUGCUGAUGGCCUCGCUGGCCUCAGUUGUGUCAAGAUGGCUCUGAUCUUUGACAUAGAAUAACUGUUGUCCUACCAGACCCUGAAGAGGGUCGUGGUGGUCCUUAAAUAUGCUAGAAGGGAAUACCCAUUACCGUGCAUGUUAAAAGUAGGCUCUUGAGGUCGUUGGGCUAUUGCACCUCUUCUGUCCGGAAGCUGGUCUUUGCAGAUGUCUUCUAUUGCUCUCUGUUUAUGGGCAGAUAGCAAAAAAGCAAGAAGGACAAAUGACACCAUGCUUCUCCAUCCCCCAAAUGUUGCGGGGUUUACUAUGCCUUUUUUUUGUCUAUUCUCCAAAGAAUCGGUGAAGUCUUGCGCUGUUGAUGCGUAAUUUGUAUUAACCAUUAAAACACAUUUCAAAGA